AGAUGUCAUGUAUGGAGGAAGAUUACACAUUGUGCUGCGGAGGAGUUACAACCGGUUUUACUGGGUGGACACUGGAAGGCUUGGAUUCUGGGUAUGCAAGAACAUUAACUUUUGGAUGAUGAUAGAUAAUAUAUUUUUAAGAAUUCUGUUUCUGUGGAUCCUGAUUUUUCAUUGGAAACUACAGAAACCGUACAAAAUCGAGGCAUGGGAUUUAUUUUUAAUGGGCUGGAUUUGCCCCCGAGCCUUGAGUUUGAUACCGACAUCAUUCUGCAGUUUCUUUCCAUGAGGGUAAGCCAAUGUCCAUCAAAGUGUGAUUGACACUGCCCUCCAGUGGUAACAAAAACAGCAUACAUGACCAUUUGACAAAUUCUGGCACAGCCGCUCAGACCGCCAUCCAAAUCCAUCCGUUUGACGUCACGCUGUGGAGCUAAUCAAACUGCACUUUGAGACAAGCCACAAUCUGCCCAACAGACAAAUAACUGACAAAAUGUUAACAAACGGAAAAACAAAAGCAUCCAAACAGGAGCGACUAACGAGGAUUUGAGAGACUUCCAAGACGCGCAGAAUGUUGACUCAAGCCCGCACGUGAGUUGUUUGCUGAGAAAUUGCUCGACGACCUUUCGACCAGCUAUCGCCUAAUAAGAUAGCGCUGAUAACCUGCUGCGUGGUGAACAUUAAACCCUUGGAGACUGUAUAAAAGCGCUGUUCCAGUGAAGGCGCGCACCUUCUACCUGGUAUCAGCCGCUCUGAAGUCGAAGCCGGCGACAAGCAUCGCAUACAGAAGACUGCGCGAACACACGCGGAGAGAUGGGCUGCUGUAACAGGAGCUGCGGGCUGAUUGCCGGAAUAGUCAUCGGGGCAGCGUUGGCCCUGCUGGGGGGCAUCCUCUUCCCCGUGGGGGACAAUCUCAUCGUAGAAUCAGUCUUACAGGAAGCCGUCAUCCAGCCCGGAACGCCGACGUACGAGAACUGGUUGACACCGGGAGGAGGGGUCUUAAGACAGUUCAUAUUCUUUGACGUGCAAAACGCCAGGGAGGUGGUGGAGGAAGGUGCCACCCCUGUGGUCGUGGAGAAGGGACCUUACAGCUACUGGACCAGAUACAUACCCAAAAUGGGCAUCACCUUCAACCCCAACGACACAGUUUCCUACCUCAUUAUGAACGAAGCGGUCUUUGAACCGAUGUAUUCGGUGGGAACGGAAAACGACAUGAUCAGCAGCUUGAACUUGGCGGUGGCGGCGUCGUAUUCGAUGGUUCCAAAGCCAAUGCAUUCCAUUCUGGAGAAGAUGAUCAAGUCCAGCAACUCAUCCCUGUUCCAGCGCCGCACCGUCAGGGAGCUGCUGUGGGGCUACAGAGACCCACUGCUGAAGACCAAAAUUGGUCUUUUUGCACCCUAUAACUACACCUUUGACGGGCCCUACAAUAUCUUCACCGGCAAGGGCGACAUCACCAAAGUGGGGACUAUUGACAAGUGGCGCAGUUCCAAGACCCUGAACUUCUGGGACGAUAAGUACUGCAACAUGAUCAACGGAACAGAUGGUUCCAACUUUGCACCCUUCGUGAAUGCGUCGGAGCCCCUCUUUUUCUUCUCCUCUGACAUCUGCCGGUCGGUGUCGGCCGCCUACGAGCAGUCGUUGGAUCUGAAAGGGAUCCCGGUGUACCGCUUCGGACUCCUGCCGUCUACCAUGGCCUCGCCGGCGGACAACCCGGACAACCACUGUUACUGCCGUGAUCCCGUGAUUACCAAGAACUGCACCAUAGCCGGCGUGUUAGACAUCAGCUCCUGUCAAAGCGGACAACCCAUCUACAUCUCUUUACCGCACUUCCUUUACGGUAGUCCUUCUCUGCUGGAUUCCAUAAAGGGGCUUCAACCCAUUUUGGAAGAACACAAGACCUACCUGGAUGUGGAACCUAUGACUGGAAUUACUCUGGGAUUUGCCAAGAGAAUCCAGGUGAACAUGAUGUACGGACCGUCAAAAGUCAUCACGGUAUUGAAGAAAAUUAACGAGACUACAAUUUUCCCUCUGGUCUGGAUGAACGAGACGGCCGAACUGGACGACGAGUCGGCCGCCAUGCUGAAGAUGGCGCUGGUGGACUCGAUGACGAUGUUGGACGUGAUCCGAAAACUCCUGUUGGGUGUGGGCUUGUUCAUCUUUACUCUCUGCCUGAUUUUGUACAUCGUCGUCAGGUGCAAGGAAAAGCAGACCGUCUGACCCCGCUGUUGUGAUACGGACUUAUUAUUUAUCAUUUCCUCUUCAAUAGUAAUACUGUGAUUUUUGUAAAGCUUCAACUUCUUGUCAAUCAGGGAUUUCGAGCCUUCCGGGAAAGCAAUUUCAAGGCGCGCUAAUUAUGUUGAUUUGUGUUUUUCCCGCUUCAAAAGGAAUAAAAGCACAAGUAGAGCUUGACAUUUUUUUCACCCU